AUGUUUGGUUUAGCAAAACUCACGCAUUACGCAUUCGAUGCUGUGCUCAUCUCAAUCGUCCUAGCAGGCGUGAAAAGAUCGACUGGGUUAACACUGGCUUUGAAGAGGGUGAAGAAUAAGGAUGCCAGAGGCAUUAUCAAAUCCUGGCUGAAUAUUGGAGAGUAUUGCUUCGACGCUGCUGUGAUCAUGAUGCAGCGAUCAAAUUCAUUCAUAAGAGAUGCUUAA